AAAGGCGCAGUGUGCGGAAGGCGAUCAGUUCCGCAAGUUUGUAGCAUCGCUCUCGUGUAAAAAGUUCAGCAUGAACUGCCUCGUAGGACUCGCCGUCGUUUUAGUUGCUUUUUCGCAAGUCUUGCACCAGGUUACAGCAAAUGGUCAACCAGAGCCUGGUGAAGAUGCCCAGAAGGAGGGCUCGCCGAUAUACAUUUACAUGGAGCGUCUGCGAAAAGUUACGCGGACAACGUUGGAAAGCGUUGACUCGACCGGCGAAGACUCCCAGACGCCAGGAACUCUUCUUGCAACGAGCUUCAAAGACACCUACAUAGACGGUGCACAGAUAGGCGGAGGAGGCAUAAGUAGCAGUAUCGAUCUCCACUUUACUGUACCGCGACAGUCGACAACAGCCAUUGGCAACCAAGAUGAAUCGCCACCAAUUUACAAAUCAGAACUGUGGCUCUUUCCCAAUUUCAACUCUCCGAGAGAUGAGCGCUGGUACCAAGUUACGCUGGGGUUUGUAUUCACGUUGGAUGGAUUCAAUAAGCGAGUGGAGGCUGAAGUACCUAACAUCCUCUGGAGAGGGUCAGAUGAGUGCAUCAUGGUCGACCUAACUCCACAAACAAAAAUAAUUGAUCGUAAACUCAAGAAGCGUGACCUCAAUGAAACUCUUGUCCACGUGAGAGUAACCGUUCACCACAAAGAAGAAUAUCAUGGGUCUUCUGUUCCCCGCGUUGAAGAAUGGCAGAACACAUGCUCAUCCCUCUCUUCCCGCACAACAAACACCUCUUUCCUUGUUGUCAAGUACUUCUCAGAUGAAGUUAGCAGAUCAGAGGACAGCAGGAGAAAACGGAGGAGCGUUCCAAACACACCACCAACCAACAGCAGCUCAGCACAAGGCUGCUCUCUCACACAAUUAAAAGUGAGACUCCAAGAAGCUCUUGGGGAAUGGGUUGCUUCUCCAACUGAGCCAGUUGAUAUAGGUGCAUGUUUAGGCGAGUGUGAUAUUGCCCAUUCCCGAGGGCUGUUUUCUCAAAGAGCAAUACUCAAGGACAGACUGAGAAACCAAUCGCCGAUUCCAAACCUACAGUAUAGAGUAUCAUGCAUGGCAGUAGCCCUUGAUCCUGUAAAGGUCCUCAUCCAUGACAAGAAAGUACAGUCUUAUUUCUUAGUUAACUUCCCUAUCAAAGCAAAAACUUGUGGUUGCCGAUAGUUACCACAGAAAUUGUCAUCUGUCAUUGUAUGUCUCAUCACCUCCUUGUUAUAUUACCCACUCCUUGUGAUUAUUAUUUCCAACACAAAUUUUUGCAACCUUUCUCACCAUCACUUCAUAUCAUGUAUGUGCACAACAUGUAUAAGUCAUGUAAAAUUUGCCACUAUAUAGCACCAUACAGCUGUUGAAAAGUUACUGUGUUUUCUUACAUAACUCAAAAAAGAUGAACAUAAUGCUCUGGCUCAAGACUACAGGGUUAAUGGAUAAUAUCACAGGAUAAAAGAGAUACGGUUAUAAUGAAAAGAGCUACAAAAUGUGCUGGAAUAGUCAGUUUUAGCAACAAACAUUGGCACGUAAACCAUCGGAAAUGUUCAUGGCAAAUAUGGCAAGAGACGGGAGGUAAAGUGCACAGGCGGUGAUCACCAUUGCAACGUACAGGCCCCAGUCAACAGUGCACAUGCCACGAUAGUAGUAAGAUGCCUCAGGCCCACAGAACUGUGACAUAAACUUGGAUUCUAAACUGACAGGCAGAAGGGCAAGUGAUAUCACAAGUGCAACUCCUGCAUGGUGAGAAGAGAGGAAAAAGGUAUAUUUCAGUUACAUAAUGUGUAGAUGCCAUACUACAAAACCUUAAUUUUUACAUACCUCCAAUCACUUGAAACACAAAAGCAACUGCAAACAUCGAUGUCCCUUUAACCUUUGGCUUCAGAUAGGCAGUCACCCCCCAUAUAAGUGAUAAGAGGAGCAUCAAGAAUGCAAACGCAUACAAGAUGCUCGCUGAAAAGAGAAAAGCAAUAUCUUCUAAAUCAGCAUUCUCCAGGUUAGUGGAUAUUCCGCCCAAAGUCGCCUGUGGGCUAUACUGGUGAUAAGUAGUACACUCCUCAAAGGAGGCGUUGUUAGUGCCUUGAACCAGGGACGUGGUCAACUCGUAGCAAAAGUGGUAGAGACCGAAGUCCACCUUAUAUACUAAAUUGUCGAGCUCCCGGCGCUUUUCAGGUGUGUUAACAUCGUUAUGAACCCAACGAGGGAAGGCAGCAACGAUCACUAGACCGCAGAGGACCAGAAUAGUGAAAAUGAUCCAUAGGGUGGACACAAACGAGAUACCCGACACGGUCACAGGAGUUGGCUUCAUAUGUCGGGAUGAUGCCAGCCGACCGGCACUUAUCCCGUUGAUGGCUUUACCAAACUCCUCUCCAUCGUGCAUGGACGACAUCGCUCUGGCUUGCUCAAGUCGAAACUUUUGUGCACAAAAAGGGG